AUUGUUCUGUGCUGGUUGUGUCCAAACGAUUUUGCCAUCACUACAGGACGUGUACGUCUCGUAUGUAUCGCCCAGCAAUGGUGUUACCACCGGGAUCCAAGCAAAGUGUUCUGUCUUGUAAAAGUCAAAGGCUGAUGAUGGAACAUGGCUUGAUCAGACAAUCCAGUCCUGGAGUAUAUCAUUUGUUACCUUUAGCACUGAGAUCUCUGGAGAAAUUAAUCAGACUUAUUGAUGAAGAAAUGCACAGCAUUGGAGGAACUAAAAUAUCCAUGCCUUGCAUGACCACAUCUGAACUCUGGAAAGCUACAAAUAGAUGGGAAACCAAUGGUCCAGAAUUAUUCAAAGUAGAAGACAGACAUGGUAUCCAGUACUGCCUAGGACCUACUCAUGAAGAAGCUGUGACUGAUUUGAUCGCAUCUCAGGGUAGAUUAUCUCACAAACAGCUACCUCUUCGAAUAUAUCAGAUUACGAGAAAAUUUCGAGAUGAGAAAAGGCCGCGAUUUGGAUUGCUAAGAGGUAGAGAGUUUUACAUGAAAGACAUGUAUACGUUUGACGCCAACACAGAAAAUGCCAUUAAGACGUACGAAGCAGUCAACCAAGCGUAUUGUAGGCUGUUUAACCGACUCCAAUUACAUUUUGUCAAAGUUUCUGCAGACACUGGUUCUAUCGGUGGAAGCAUGUCACACGAAUACCAUUUACCUGCAGACACUGGUGAAGAUGAACUGUGGUUUUGUAAUCGGUGUGGGUUCGGAGCUAACAAAGAACUAGGCGACAUAGAUAUUGAACACUGCUCUCAUUGUGGAACAACUAACAGUUUGGAAAGUAGACAGGGUAUCGAAGUUGGACAUGCAUUUUAUCUUGGGACAAAAUAUUCAAAGGUGUUCAAUGCUGAUUACAGUGAUUCCAAUAAUCAAACCAGGACGACUGAGAUGGGUUGCUAUGGUUUAGGAGUAACUCGUAUCCUAGCUGCAGCCAUUGAAGUAUCAUCCACUGAUAAUGAAAUUAGAUGGCCUCACCUUUUAGCGCCUUACCAGAUUUAUAUAAUUCCAUCUAAGGAUGGAAGUAAAGAAGCUGGAGCUCAGCCAAUCGCAGUGGGUCUUUAUGAUCAAAUUGUAUCACACCUGCCUCAUUUGAAACAUGAAAUUAUAUUGGAUGACAGAAAUCACAUGACCAUUGGUAAAAGGAUGAAGGAAGCUAAAUCUCUCGGUUAUCCUUUUGUAAUUGUGAUUGGUAAAAAGGCAUUGCAACCGGAACCUUUAUUUGAACUGUGUAACGUGAAUACUGGGGAGACUCGAUACUUGAAUACAUGUGACUUGUUCUGUACAUUAUCCAUGGAUGUCAAUAUUAUCUGAAAAUCUUAUCUUGCGUUAAAAUCUUUGCAAUCAAAAGGGCGACAUGAACUUGUUACUUGAGUGGGCAAUGAACGGGACUGUGAAUCUCAUCCAACACUGUGUGACCUGCAUUAAGAUAGAAGAAUUCCACACUCUGGCGACAUUGCGAGUGGAGGAGUGAGUAAUGUGUGGUGCAUGAGUAGCAUUGUAGUGAUCGCCUGAUCGAAUAGCACACCAUGACAGGUACACCGUAUCGGUGUCCACCACGGCUGUGGACCGACUCAAUCGACAGUGCAUAGUCAUACUGUUACGCCAACAGUGAUUUUAAUCUGACUGUAUGAAUAAAAAAACUCACCUGAGAACA